CCGAGAACAGACUAGAAAUUUUGGGGGGGGGGUCUCGCUCGAGGAAAGAAAGACACUUCUAGGGAAGUUCUACGUGAACACGAUUUAAUAACUAAUUCAGUGUAUUUUAACAAUGUGGCACAAUUGGUUAUAACUGCACAGCGGAAUAACGUCAAACGGUUGGUUCAGUGGAGUCAUCUGCUCUUGCUCGCUGUCAGCUCGUAUUAAACUAGAUAGAGAUUGGAGCCGGAACUCUCUCGACCCUGUUGUUUCGGCGCUGAAACAAGAGAAAUAGCCGUUGAGUGAAGUUGAAGCAGUACACGGUGUAGUAAUGGGAGCGCACAGGAGUGAGGGACGCAGAGAGUGGCUUCAGCAGGACGCUGGUGAGCAGCAGCAGGUUCAGUCCAUGAACCCUUGGAACAUCAUGAUCAAGCACAGACAGGUUCAGCGCAGGGGUAGACGCUCACAGAUGGCCAUAAGUUAUACAGAUCCCGUCAUUUCCAUGGACCUCUUGAGAACCGUGCUGCAGCCCAGCUUCAACGAUGACAUUUUGGCAGUCUUUAAAAAAUAUAUGAAGUUUUUUGAGAAGGCAGCAAGCAAUGUGAAGGAGAAUGUAGGGGAGGAUGUACAGACGGAUCAGCUCAUCAAAGAGGCGUGCCGAAACUGCUUGGAGCAUGCCAAACAGCUCUUUCCUGAUGCAGAGAAAACUGCUCAAAGACCUCUUUUUGAUCCCUCUAUAAAGCGCUCACGGCAGAUGGAUGAUGAUUCCAGCCAAAGAGGAAGCCCAGUCCCUAAAAAGAGGAAAGGACGUCCCCCUCUGCCCACUCUACCUUAUGACAGAACUAUACCAUACAGUGCUCCGAUGAAGCCUAAAAUAACUGAGCCCAUAAAACGAGAAGGACCAAAGUGGGAUCCUGCCCGGCUGAAUGAAAAAAGCACUUUUGUUUUAGGAUCCAGGGCGAACAAGGCCUUGGGGAUGGGAGGCACCAGGGGAAGGAUCUAUAUUAAACAUGCAGACCUCUUCAAGUAUGCUGCUGAUGCUCAGGAUAAGCAAUGGCUUGCAGAGAGGCAGCACAUGAGAGCCACAGGUGGAAAGAUGGCAUAUCUGCUUAUUGAAGAGGACAUCCAAGACCUUGCCCUAAGUGAAGAAUACAAAGACUGCCCUGAAUUGAGGAUGGAUGAAUUGAAGCCCUUCGUGGUGCCUGUUUGGAUGGUAGAGAAGAUGCAGAAGACGAUGGAAGCUCAGAGAUCUGAGAAGGAUUAAAGAAUUGGGAGCUUGGCACCAUAAACUAUUUUUAGGGUACAAAUGCUGAUCCAAGAUCAGCUCACUGUCUUCUAUAAUAUAACUUGCUUUUAAAUAGCUAUAUUCCUUGAUAAAUGGAUGGGAAACUGAUUCCAUAUCCGCAGUCUUACUCUGAUCCAUACGAUUCCUAAAAGCCGUAGUUAGAAUUGACCCUUUCAGAAGCAGACUUAAGGGACCAGGCCGUGCACACGUUCCGAUAAUGAAAAGAAGCUUAGUCUCAUUUCCAUUAUUUUAACUUGUGUGAAUCUUUUUGUUUCUUAUUACACAAUAGACCCUGACCUUACAAUCAAGCUUAGCAAUUUUCUCUUUGUGUGCACCCACAUGCUGGAAAAGUGUGAACAGUUAGGGUUUAACAACUCAGUAUUAUUAAAGAUGAUAUCAGACAGAAUCUUUUUUUUUUUUUCACAUUAAUCACAAAAGUAGCUUUAAAUAUCUGUGUAUAUAUGUAUUUUCUUACAUGGGUUUUGUAUGAAAAGAUGUCUGCAUACAUAUGCACUCACUGAUAUUGUGUCGGAGUAGUUUUUCCCGCUUUAUCUUUAUCAUCUAGAAAUACUUUCGGAUAAGCUGUGACAGGUUCUGCAGGAUAUCAGAGAAUGUCUGUUGUUGUUUUCAUGUACACAAAUGUCAUGUACACAAAAAUGGAAUUUAUUUUGCAUACUCUUACCUAUCUUUUUUUUUCUUUUAGUUACAUUAAACCUCCUUUUUUAAAAGGGUAAGGAAACUUUUCUUUUGCAGAUAUAGCUGUAUUGUAGUAUAGUCAUAAUAAGUACCACAUGUGACUGAUGUGUACUGUUUAUAGUGGAGAAAUAAGAACAGGAUGUGACGUGCCUAGUUUUAGAUACAUGUUUUACAAUGAAAAUGGAGAAAAUGUAACUUAUUUUGAAAACAAAACAAUAAUUCAGUUCGUUUUGUGGUGCGAAAUAAAGUCGUUCUAUUCUG